AUUAGUCAGUUUCAUAAGAUCUUAUUUGUUUUAGAUCAUAUGACAUUCACGUGAUCAUAUAAUCUAUUUAUCGUUUAAUUUUAUUUUUUGCUAAUUUCUUAAAUACAUUCCAAAAUCUCCAUUUUAAUAUAUAUCGAAUAAAGACUGAAACAAUGUUAUUAAAAAUUGUAGCCUUCAUAUGGAUUUUAAUACUCGCGAUAAAUGCCCAGGAGAAGAACAGAUGCUUAGAAGAUGCCUGUGGAAAAUACAAUUUAACUGAGGGGGAGGGAAAGAUGAACAAAUUUUAUGAGGCUUGUUCUAAAGGUUGUAAAUUAUCCAACCAAUCAUUUCCUGAUUCCAAAUAUUGUGAAACAUUAUAUACGAAAAUUGAUGAGAUUUAUGCAUGUUCCAGUGGAUGCUCCUACAAAAGUUUGGAUAUUUUUCUCAACAUGGGACGCAUAUUUGACAAAGUUAUUUCCGGUUCAGACAUAUUCGCCUCAGACCCCGUAUUUACAUCGAGCAUAGCCAAGAAGGGAAGUAGACAAAUAAAUAAGGCCGAAGAGAAGGAUAAACAUAAUGAUUACGAUGCUGAAGGUAAAGAGAUGAGUAAUAGAUAUAGCCAUUUCUUUAAAUUCCCUUUCAUUCACCAAUCGAUAAAUCAAAUAAAUAAUGAUGUAGAAAAUAAACAAACAAAUAACUUACUAGAAGUUAAACAAAAAGAUAAUGAUAAUGCCCAAAGUAAACAAGAAAAUGGCAAUUUGGUUGAUUUCUCUUAUAAUCCACCUAUGGAUGAAAUGAUUAAUGACAUCGAAAGUAAAAAAAUAUAUUUCAAGCCCAUUAAGGCUGGUAAACAAAAUAAUGUUGGUGAGAAAAGCAAACAAAUAUUUAACGAUUUCUUUGAACAAAUAAAUGAUAAGCAAUUACAUAAUGAUGAUGACAGUGUCGCAGAAAAGCCACCUCACAUAUUUAUAAAGAUGUUUUACUUCAAGCCCUUGUUCUCUAAGAACUCGAGUGUUCGCGAUGUUACAAGCCUUAAACCAAACACGGAUAAGGAAGGAAGUGUGGACCUUUUUGAUUGGCUUUUUGGAAAAUCGAAUUACAUUAAAAAGGAACCAAUAUCGGGCCAUCCCGUUGAUGAUAGGAAAAAUUUUUACCAAGCAUUAGAUCGAUUGGAUCAAAAUCCGGCAGACAAUAUAAUCGUGGACCACACCACCCACAGAAACACCCGUCACCUAAAAGAAUAUUUCCACAACGUUAUGAAUUGUUUGAGAAAGAUCCCGAUUUCUAUAGUGCUUUCCGCUGGAAUCCUUUUGUUCAUUCUCACCCUCGCUUGGUUCUCUUUCCAUCUCUUCUUUCCUUCCUAUGCCAGCUAUAGAAACACCGAGAAGAGGGAUAAAAUUAAACUUUUGCUGAAUGAAGAAGCAGGUGACUGGUACCCUCCUCCAUCCUUUGUGACACUUCCGGUGGACAAGGUCUCCAAUGAAAAACAAGAUGGCGUCGACAUACACAAUAUCUUGAAAAAAGAUGACGGCAGCUUUGAGCAAGAGUUUAAGGGGGUCAUGAUACCACCCAUCCAUAAGAUAUAAUGAAAAAAAUUUAAUAUUUUUUAAAAUAUAAAUUCUAAUGUUUAAAAUUUUUUUAUGUAAUUAUUAUAAUAUAUGGUAUGCAAAUUU